AUGGGCAAAACACUCGUGUACCCCAAGGGGAUUAGCAACACAGCCAACCGCUACGCAAAGCGAGUGACAUAUGACCUUGGGCCAAUCCACUCCAUCAUCAACUCUGCAACCCACCUUGAUGUGGCUUUCGUGCCGGCCGGCGAUGACCCAUUUCCCACCAUUAUCCCCAUGAUCGGGCAGAUGGGCUCCUUCGAAUUUCCAUCCAACAGCAUUGAUGAGCCCCUAGACUGCUAUAUACACGGAUAUGUGAGCGCGCGCAUGAUGAACAUGGCACGCGCGAAUGGAGAUAAAGGCCUACCUCUCUGCAUUUCGGCAACACAUGUGGAUGGGCUUGUUCUCUCCCUCUCCCCCUUCUCGCACAGCUACAACUACCGCUCCGUAGUCCUACACGGAUACGGCGUGCCAGUUACAGAUGAAGCGGAGAAGAACUACGCUAUGAAGCUGAUCACCGACAGCGUCGUGGCGAACCGAUGGGAGAACACACGAACCCCUCCCGAUGCAGGUGAGUUUCAGAGCACGACCAUCAUACGCGUGAAGAUCGUUGCUGGCAGCGGGAAGAUACGUGAUGGAGAGGUAUCAGAUGAGAAGAGAGAUAUUGAGAGUACGGAGGUAAGGGAGAAAGUGUGGUCUGGCAUCGUGCCUGUCUGGCAAUGUCUCGGUGAACCAGUCCCGAGUUCGACAAACAAAGUGAAGGAGGUGCCCGCCUAUCUGAAGGAAUAUGUCUCGAAGACGACCGAGGAGAACAGGAAGCAUGCAUAUGCUGCCAUGAAGUUCCCUGAUUCUAGUGCUCCUUAA